CCGCUCACAUUUCCAGGAGAAGAAGAUGGGCCUUUGACUAGAGAGGAAGUCCCUGUGCCUAUCGCGAACCAACAAAGUAACGUUACCUCGAUAGAUUUAGUUACAAAUCGUUUGGACAUACUGUUGCGUGGCUGUGUUUUGUUCGACAUAUUUGAAAAUGAUCCUCACAGUGAAACCACUUCAAGGGAAAGAGUGCUGUGUACAGGUGACUGAAGAUGAAAAAGUCUCCACGGUGAAGGAACUUGUGUCUGAACGUCUCAACAUACCAGCAAACCAGCAGCGGCUACUCUACAAAGGGAAGGCGCUUGCAGACGAACACAGACUGAGUGAUUACUCCAUCGGGCCAGAGGCUAAAUUGAAUCUGGUAAUCCGUCCUGUCGGGGAGAGGACUGGGGCUUCGGGGAUGGUUGCCAGUAGUAGCAGCAGCAACAGCAGCGCACAGGCAGGAGUGUGGCAGACAGUGUCCACAGUACUCGCUAGACACUUCAGUCCAGCAGAUGCAGCAAAGGUCCAUGAGCAGCUCAUUAAGGACUAUGAACGCUCACUUCGGCAACUUAGCCUUGAUGAUAUUGAGCGCUUGGCAGGAAGACUGCUUCACCCAGAAGGAGAGGGCAUGGACACAUCAUACAUGGACUAAAGCGGCCUAGCUCAAGGCUGCUUUUUUUGAUUGUUUUUUUUUUUUUUUUUAUUAAAGAGGCGCUCAGUGCUGGAAAUGCACACAGUGUCAAGAGCGAGAAACCAUGGAAAAUACAAUAUGAGUUUUCUUGCAGAGAGCCCCUAGUGUGUGCCUAAUUGGUGACGGAGUGAACAUGAUGCUGAUUGUAGAUUAUUUCAGCAAUAGGGCUUUCUUAUCCACGUACAAAGGGCUUGGAUAAGAAAACAUGGACAAUUUGAAUUGGCCUCUAACACUGAUGGUGCAGUAAUGUCUCAAGACCCGAUCACAUAACAUCUGAAUACAAAGGAAUCCAUUUAUGCUGAUGCUUUCACAUGAUCUCUGGCUGCUACAAAUCCCAGGGGACACUAAAUUCUUCUGGAUGGUAUUUAUUACUAAUGUCUGUGCUGAAUGAUGACCGUUUCUUUUCUGUUAACGAUCUGUGAGAAGAUAAUACAUGUUGUAUCCUCUAACUUACUGAUGGGUGUUGUAUGAUUUGUAAAUAUGUUUAUACUUGCAGACAUUAAAACACAGGAAAAACA